AUGACAGUAGAAAACAAUUCUAAGAAGCGCAAUGGAGACAUUUUUCUUCUAACAGGAACAUUGCGAUCAGUACACCUACGUACCCAACAGCAUAUAACCCUUCAGGUACUGUUGGAUACCGGUGCAGACCGAUCCUUCAUUGACGCAAAAGUGGCCGACGAAUUAGGACUGCCGAGUCUAGGAACAACUACCAUGAACGUAAAAACGUUCGGGGCGGAACGUCCAGCGAAGACUCAGAGUACUACUACUUACUUACAAGCAUGGGACGCUGAUGGAGUACAACAUCAACUUCGUCUAUACACCCAGGAUAACCUCACCAAGAAUUUCUCGGAAGCAAAACUUGACGAAGAAGAUAUUCAAUUCAUUCGUCGCAACCACAUACAAACAAGCACAUAA